AUGGCGGCUAACCCGGUGCAUCACCGCCGCACCAAACACAUCGAGCUCGACAUUCACUUCGUUCGUGAGAAGGUCGCGCUCGGACAGCUUCGCGUGCUACAUGUACCUACUACACAGCAAUUCGCUGACGUGAUGACGAAAGGCCUGCCCACGGCAACAUUCCAGGAGUUCAGAUCCUCCUUUCCUCCGCACGGCGGCAUGGCCGCCGAGAGACUCACCGACGACCUGCUCGUCGAGAUACUCUCGCGCGUCCCCGUAAGGUCGGUGUGCCGCUUCAAGUGCGUCUCCAAGCACUGGCUUAGCCUCAUUGAGCACCCCGGUCACCGUAGGAAGCUCCCUCAAACCCUAGCCGGCUUCUUCUACACCGUUAGGAUCAACAACAGGCAGUUGCCUCUGGAAACAAAAGUCCGCUUCGUCAAUGUCUCGGGCAAAAGCUGCCCUCUGGUCGGCACCUCUUUCACCUUCCUGCCCAGCCACCAGCGCAUAUAUCUACUGGACUGCUGCAAUGGCCUCCUCCUCUGUCGCUGGUAUGGCAUUUCCGCUCCGGUUGAUGAGUUUUGUUACAUCUUGUGCAAUCCUGCCACGGAGGAGUGGGUUUCAUUGCCCGAUCACAGUCAUGUUAGCAAGGUGGCCAUAGUGUCUCUGGGUUUUGAUCCAGCCAUCUCUUCCCACUUCUAUGUGUUUGUGUUGCUAAAGGAUGUCUACUUUAACUUCUACCUUAGCGUUGGCGGAGUGGAUGUGUAUUCCUCAUAA